AUGAUGGCUUCCAAUAGCCAUGACCGCGGCCCCCACGAAGACAGCUUUUCGUCAGAUCAUUCAAUCCCCUUACAAGACCUCUCCGGCCCGCCAGAUAUCGGGGGACAUCAAGAGGCGGGAAGCAGGUUUCUGCCAGGGCGAUCGUUGACCAGAAGAGGCCGGUCGGAGACGAAUUACGCGAGGAUAGCGGAGGAUUCACCGAUCGAAAGCACGACAGCUGCAGGAACUGCGCGCCGCCGCCGUCAAGACUCCGAUGCCCACGAUGUCGAUGAUCCAGGGGCCUUCGCGGCCGCCAUGUCCUCCGUCGGAAUCAGUUUCACCGGCCCCCCGGACCACCCUGCCACGCGCAGCCGCGACGACCUCGAUACCAUUCCCUUGGACAGCUUCGGUCUGCAGGAGCCCGCGCAUAGCCUCACCCCUAGCGUUUCGUAUAGCGACACCGCGCCCUUGACGAAUAUCGGAAAUAUUCAACCUAUCAGCGGGGCGAUCCCCGACCGCGGGCGACAGAAUGACAGACACAGCGCGCAGACCGUUCAUUUCCCCGACGACGGCCAUACCGGGGCGCGCUUAGGUGACGAUCUACACAACCUGGAAGGCGGACUGGGUGGGAGGAGUCGCGGUGGAAGCAAUGCGACGGAGAGGGGUCGUUCGCUGUCUCCGUCGGCGUCGGGUUCUGCUCUGCUGCGGGCCAGCUCGAUGAUGAAAUCCAUGUCGCAGCGUGUCGUCAACCUCAGUAACGAACCAGAGGUGGUGGAACAAUCGAUACAGAGGGAAGAGUCCCAUAAGAAUUCGCGACUCGAAGAACCCCCGUCGCUUCCUUCGCUGCCGGAUUACGCCCACGAUGCCCCCCCGACGCCCGAGCUGAACAGCCAUGUCAAAAGAGAGAAGUCCACCGCCAGUAAGGCAUGGAGAUCUCUCAACAAUCCGCUCAAGGGGAAGUCUCUCGGCAUCUUGGGCCCGGAUAACCCUCUUCGCGUGCGACUUUGUGAUAUCCUGGUUCACUCUUUUACCGAACCGUUCAUUCUGGUUGUGAUCAUCAUCCAAACCAUUUUAUUGACGAUUGAAACGUCAAUGUCAGACUGGCAUCACGCCGGGAGAUGGGGUGCUAGUGUGAUGGAUUACCCCUACUUUGCUAUCUUUGUCAUUUACACGCUUGAACUGAUUGCCAAAAUCCUGGUGUCGGGCUUCAUCAUGAAUCCUGCAGAGUACAGUACAAUAGACCGAUCGCUAGGGUUUCGAAAGGCCGUAGCAGAGAAAGGAAAGAACCUCAUCGCUCCGCAGCGAAAUCCGUCGACGAGAAGACCAUCUCCAGGCCCCGAACAUAAUCAAGCCUCGAUUAUACGCACAUUCACCGGUGGGCUGAAUCAAAUCGAGCAGCAAACCCUGGCCGAUGAUCCUCUCCAGAAGCGUCGGGUGAGACUCGCUCAUCGGGCCUUCCUUCGACAUUCAUUCAACCGUCUCGACUUUGUCGCCGUGGUGGCUUACUGGGUUGCUUUCUUUCUGUCCGUGUUUGGAGUCGAGACCACCCAGCAGCUCUAUGUCUUUCGAAUGCUUAGCUGUCUGCGUCUUUUACGUCUCCUUGCUUUGACGAAUGGCACAUCUAUUAUUCUCCGAAGUCUUAAGAAGGCUGCCCCCUUGAUGGUCCACGUUGCCUUCCUUGUAGGCUUCUUCUGGCUUCUCUUUGCUAUUGUCGGCAUCCAAAGUUUCAAGUCAAGCUUCGGAAGAAGUUGUGUCUGGCGUGGUGUUGACGGACAGGAGGAUUUUGCCUUGAAUGACCCGGACGGCACCCUCCAAUUGUGUGGUGGGUAUCUCGACCCCGUCACCGGCGACAAGAAGUCAUGGAUCGACAGGGACGGCUAUCCGGUUACAGCGAAACCGAAAGGAUAUAUCUGCCCGAAAGGAUCGGAAUGUGUCGAAGACACCAACCCUUACAGUGGAACCAUGAGCUUCGAUAGCAUUCUCUACUCUCUGGAACUCGUUUUUGUCAUCAUGAGCUCGAACACUUUCACGGAUCUUCUCUACUAUAUGACCGACAGUGAUUAUCUUGCUGCCGCCCUCUUUUUUGCCUUUGGGUUCCUCAUUCUAAGUUUGUGGAUGGUCAACUUGUUGAUUGCCGUGAUCACGCACACUUUUCAGGUCAUCCGAGAAGAAAGUAAACGGAGUGCUUUCGCCGUGGAUAAAGUAGGCUCGGCGGAGAAGGAGGAGGAGCAAUCAUCCCCGAAAAUGAGCCAAUUUAGGCGCCUAUAUAGCAAGACCGACUGGUUUUGGGUCACCGUGAUCCUUUUCGGUCUCAUCGCACAGGCAUUGAGGAGCGCUUCCAUGUCGGAUGAUCGAGAAAAAUUUAUCGACAUCACGGAAACGGUCAUUACCUUUACGUUGCUGGUCGAAAUCGUUUUGCGCUUUGCAUCCGACUGGCGCAAGUUUCACCAUCAUCGGCGCAAUUGGGCGGACUUGUUGAUAGUUAUCGUCACCUGUAUCAUUCAAAUUCCCGCCAUCAAGCACUCUGGAAGGCCUUACUCGGUCCUCACUCUCUUCCAGAUUCUUCGAGUGUAUCGGGUGGUGCUGGCUUUCUCCGUGACGAGAAAUUUGAUUCAGGUCGUCUUCCGCAACGCCAAAGGUCUGAGUAACUUGAUUGUAUUUGUGUUCCUGAUCACCUACCUUGCCGCUAUCUUCGCCACCCAGCUCUUUCGCAGCCAGCUUCUUGACGUUGACGACGCCGACAUCAAUUUCAAAAACAUUUACAAUUCCUUCCUGGGGAUGUAUAUUAUCCUGUCCAGUGAAAAUUGGACCAGUAUGCUCUAUAAUGCUACAUCAUACACCUACGAUUACCGUACCGCCUGGAUUUCCGCCACUUUUCUCAUCAUCUGGUUCGUUGUGGCCAACUUUGUCACCUUGAACAUGUUUAUUGCAGUCAUCCAGGAGAGUUUCGAUGUGUCGGAAGACGAGAAGCGCGUCCAGCAAGUCAGAGCAUUCCUGGAGCAAAAGCAUGUCAGUCCGAACUCCCAGGGGAACCUUUCCCUAACCAAGAUCCUCAUGAUGGGUCGGGACUCGGAUCGUUACAAAGAUCCCCUUGAUUACGGGCCUGCGGCUCUGGAAAUGCUGCUCAAAGAUGCAGUCGUCCAAGAUUUCCUGGACGAGCAGGAAGGGGCCACAGAAAACCGUCGAGGUCGGUACAUGGAGGCCACGGCCACGGCCCCGGCAGAGACCGAGGAGCCGGGUGUGUUUGCGCGCAUGUGGACGGCCGCGACGUCAUUUAUUACGCGUAAAGAACCCAACCCAUUCUAUUCCAAACUGAAGUUCUCUCGCGCCUACGAAGAGCUGGAUCCCCGGGCCAUGGCGCAGGAGGUCGUAUCCGCCGCCGAACAGAGGAAGCGUGCGCAGCGAGAAUACCUCAUGCGACACCCGAAUUAUAACAAAUCCCUGUUUCUCUUCGCGCCGGACAACCCCUUACGCCGAGUGUGUCAGCGCGUUGUCGGGCCUGGACGCGGACACCAGCGUGUUGAAGGCGUUGAUCCGUACAAGCCGAUGUGGUACUCGUUCUCUGCCUUCGUCUACGCCGCUAUCGUCGCCAUGGUGUUGCUCGCGUGUAUUACUACUCCGAUCUAUCAACGAGACCACUUCCGGAACGACCGAGACUGGUUCACUUAUACCGACAUGGGAUUCGCCAUUCUUUUCUCCAUCGAGGCCAUGAUCAAAGUCAUCGCAGACGGGUUCUUUUGGACGCCGAACGCUUACUUCCGAGGGUCCUGGGGAUUCAUUGACGGUGUCGUGCUUGUGACUCUUUGGAUUAACGUGAUCAGUUCGGUAUUCGAGGACUGGGGAGUUUCUAGAGCCAUUGGGGCUUUCAAGGCGCUGAGAGCGCUGAGAUUGCUGAACGUGAGCGACAGUGCCAAGAACACCUUUCAUUCCGUUAUCAUUGUGGGAGGAUGGAAAGUUAUUGCUGCCGCGUCCGUUUCGAUGAGUUUCCUGAUUCCGUUCGCUAUCUAUGGAGUCAAUCUGUUCAACGGCCAAUUGGUGCAAUGCAACGAUGACGACUUCGAGGGCAACUUGGAUUACUGCGUGAACGAGUACACCAAUACGCCUUACAAUUGGGAGGUUCUAGCGCCUCGAGCGGCUGCUAACCCGUACUACGAUUUCGACAAUUUCGGAAAUUCGCUCUUCAUCCUGUUUCAGAUUGUCAGUCAGGAGGGUUGGACGGAUGUCCUCGCAAGUUCCAUGAGCAUCACCAGCGUAGGUGAGCAGCCCGAGGACUACAUAGCGCCGGAGAACGGGCUCUUUUUCGUUGUGUUCAACUUGCUCGGUGCCGUCUUCGUCUUGACGCUGUUCGUGUCUGUGUUCAUGCGAAACUACACGGAACAGACUGGUGUGGCCUUCUUGACGGCGGAGCAGCGGUCCUGGCUCGAGUUGAGGAAGCUUCUCCGGCAGAUCUCUCCUUCCAAACGCUCGUUCGAGACCUCCAGCCACAAGUGGAAGAUGUGGUGCUAUCGUGUUGCUGUCAAGAAACAUGGGCGAUGGGCUAGAUGCAUUACUACCAUAUUGAUGCUUCAUCUAUUGCUGCUUGUUCUGGAAUACUACCCCGAGCCGAAGUGGUGGGAUUUUAUCAGACAGGGUCUCUUCUUUAUAUUCGGCCUUUUUUACAUUGCCAACGUUCUCAUCCGACUGCUUGGAUUGGGCUGGCACCGGUUUACGCGAAGCUCCUGGGACCUUUUUUCGUUGAUCGCGGUUCCGGGGGCGUUUGCCACGACGAUUCUGAAUUUCUUUGGAGACCAGCAGGUGAUCGUGGAGUUGAAUAAGCUCUUUCUCGUGGCCUGCACGCUCCUGCUGAUCCCGCGCAACAACCAACUCGACCAGCUGUUCAAGACGGCGGCGGGUAGUUUGACGUCCAUCGGAAACCUCCUGGCCACCUGGUUCGUGCUAUUCCUGGUGUACGCGAUCGCGAUGAACCAAGCAUUCGGACUCACCAAGUUUGGCGACAACGAGAACAACAACGUCAACUUCCGCGACGUCCCACGGUCUCUGAUCCUGCUCUUCCGAACCAGCUGCGGCGAGGGGUGGAACGAGCUGAUGGAGGACUUUGCCACGAUGGAACCGCCCCUGUGCACGUACGGCAGCGACUUCUUGAACGACGACUGCGGCAGUGCGCCGUGGGCUCGCUCCCUGUUCAUCUCCUGGAAUAUCAUCAGCAUGUACAUUUUCGUGUCCUUGUUCGUGUCGUUGAUUUACGAGAGCUUUUCCUACGUGUAUCAGCGAAGCAGCGGGCUCUACGCGUUGAGUCGGGAGGAGAUCCGUCGGUUCAAACAGGCCUGGGCGACGUAUGACCCCGACGGCACGGGGUACAUUUCCAAGGAGCAGUUCCCGCGAUUGCUGGGAGAACUGUCGGGUGUCUUCUCGAUGCGCAUCUACGAGGGCGAGUUCACGAUCGGGCGCAUCUUGGAGGAGUGCAAGGUCGACAAGCGCGACUCGUUGAUUGCGCACCGGCGCGUGGUGGAAGGGCUCGACAUGGACCGCAUGGCGCGCAUCCUCCGACGCAUCGACAUCGACAACGUGCGCGAGCGCCGGCAGCGACUCAAUACCUUUUACGAGGAGGUGCUGGUCUCGGCGGACCCGGUGCGCGGCAUCUCGUUCCACUCGUGUCUCAUGAUCCUAGCGCAUUACAACGUGAUCACCGACAGCAAGAGUCUGCGACUCGAGGAGUUCCUGCGUCGGCGUGCCCGAUUGCAGCGCGUCGACGAAGCGGUGCGUCGCGCCACGGUCAUCGGCUUCUUCGACACGUUGUACUGGUCGCGCGAGUUCCGUCGCCGCAUCGAGCAUAAGAAAUCGGCGCGCAUGAGCUUCGUGCCGCAGUUCUCGGUGCCAGAGAUCUUCGUCGACGACGGAUCUCACGACGACCAGCCGGAAGAGGAGCGCCGCCGACUCGCGACGCAGGAGCCUCUGGUGCCUAGCGCCGAACCCAUGCUGUCACCCACCUCGCCAACCAGUGGUGCCGGAGGCGAUCCUGGCCCGUCCACACAACGCGGUGCUCAUCUACCACGUAUCGAUACCAGCCGGCUGGGCCACAUCUCGGCCACCAGCUCGCCGACGACGACGGAAUGGUCGAGCAUCAGCCCAUCGCUCUCGCCGCGGCGGGACCGCGCACACACGACGUCUUCUACGUACGACACGGGGCCGGACCCUCACGACGAGACGCCGGAUGCUGGGGAGCGCUCGCGCCAGAACAGCCCGAUGAGUGUACGCGACGUGAUGCAAUCCCUGGGCGAAUCCGCCUGGGGGGAGAGUAUUCGACGAAGUUUCACGCAGCGACGAUCGGAUCGAUGA